AUGAAAGCUGCGGUUGGCGCGGCUCUCCUGAACUUGGCUGCCUUGGCAGUCGCUUAUGGACCGCAGGCUUUGCAGGAUGAGAUCACUAAACUGCCCGGCGCUCCGGCUGUGCAGUUUCGCAUGUUCUCAGGGUACAUCGACGUGAACCAAGGUCAAACGUUCUAUUGGUUCGUGGAGUCACAGACUGAUCCUGCAAACGCUCCUCUGUUUCUCUGGACGAAUGGUGGCCCUGGGUGCAGUGGAUUAGCAGGAUUCAUGACAGAGCAAGGGCCUUUCCGCGUCCGAGCAGAUGGAGAGACUUUGGUUCUCAACAACUACGCCUGGAACAAGGUCGUCAAUAUGGUUUUCAUUGAGCAGCCUGUGGGCGUGGGUUUCUCCACAGCAAACCCUGAUGCCGUGUAUGGCGACCAGCAGGCAGCAGAAGACAACUACAAGUUUAUUCUUGGGUUUCUGGACCGCUUUCCGGAGUACAAGAAGAAUGACUUUUACAUUUCCUCGGAGUCGUACGGGGGUCAUUACACGCCCACGCUGGGGAAGCUGCUUGCCGACCGAGAUGGUGUGCCAACGUUUCGUGGGAUCUUCCUUGGCAAUCCAUUGACGUACAUGAUGUACAGAGACUACGGGGAGUAUGGGACUGCAUGGGGGCAUCAGCUCCUGCCAGCGCCGCUGUGGAAGCAGUACGAGGCAGCAAGCUGCGCAACGACUUUCCCUUCGUCAGAGACCUGCAAUGAAAUCACAGCGCAGAUGGAGAAAAUCUUGUCUGGCUUUGACAUGUACGCGCUCGACUUUCCAACUUGCAAUCCAGCAGAAGCUGCCGGUCAACAGGAGCGGCUCCAGCUGAUGGGGAAGCUGAAUUUAGCCAAGGGCAUUGUCCCGCCAACCUACCAGCCAUGCUCCAGUGACCACAGCGAGAAGUACCUGAACCUGCCAGAAGUGCAGGCAGCGAUUCAUGCCAAAAGCACCAAAUGGUCGCAGUGUUCAAAUGCAGUGGGCAGCGCCUACAACUCCACGGAUCUCAAUCAACCGAUGAUGCCGUACUGGAAGCACUUGAUUGAGAAGGGCACGUUGAAUCUCAUGGUCUAUUCCGGUGACGAUGACGCAGUUUGCGCCACGUUGGGGUCACAACAGUUUGUUUGGGACUUGGGAUAUGAGCCGAUUGUAAACAAGUCCUGGGUUCCAUGGAAAGUCACUGCGCUGCAGCCAUACAGAAGCAAGCUUUCUUGA